AUGUGCUACACAAUAUACAUGCCUAUAGUUUGCACUCUGCAAACAAUAUCGAGGAUCAUAAUCGCGUGUCUUUUCGCCAUAGAAGAUUUGAUUCGUAUGUGCAUACACACCGUUCACAGUUACAUAUCCAUAGUCUUGCAGUGCUGUUCUUUAGUCCCCAUGUGCCUGGCUCUAUGCUGCAUGAAGCAGUGUUACACAUACGGGCUCUGCUCCUCUGGAUGCACACCUAAAUUCAACUCCAUCAUAUGCGGAUAUGGUGCUGUUAUUGUCCUAACGAUCUUCGUCAUCAUCCUUAUCUUUUACAACACCGACUGGCUUGAAUCUUUCUUGACAGAUAUCGGUUUAUAUCCGUGUAAUUUAUUCCGUAAAUUUAAAAGCAAUGCGUGCCAAAUUAUCAGCGGGGUCACCAUGAAUACUACCUACUCAACCCGAGCCUUACAUACAUCAACUUCUUAUCCAGUGUCCGAGCGAACAAUGAAGAUAUACUUGGAUAAAUAUAGAGAGAUACAAUCCGAAGACGCCGACAACUUUUAUGAUACCACGAGCUCGUCGAUACAGGAAUUGGUUGAUAAAAUUAAGAGUCUUAGCAAAAUAGAGUCGAAGCGAAGUUCUCUUCGCUUAAUACGCCUGCAGGAGAAACAAAUUCAAGUAUCGUCACAAACGACGAAAGAAAAAUCAACGAUUACUUUACCAGAAACUAUGAAUACAACGUACCUAGAAGAGUAUCAUAGAAGUGCCUUAGUAAAUAAACUGAGAAGACAUAGAAUUCUAGAAAAGGGACUAAAGGAAGAACUUAUUCUUUAA